GACCUGUUUUCCUUCUACUAGUUCUUUUACUGUCGUUAAGGACAAUUUUGUAAUUAAAAGCAACACUCUUUACGCUUUCUAAAGCAAUUUCUACGUAAAACUUUCUCAAAAGUUCCUUAACAACCCUACAGUAACAAUCCUACAGAAAUAUAUUUCAAGAAGAGUGGUUUCUUUUAUUUACUCGCUUGAGAAUCUUCUCUCUCUUUUUAUAAUUUUAUAAGAGAAACCUGAUUUUCGUUUGUAAGCUUGUUGUCCAAGUCCGUAACAAAGCCGACCAACAUGCAAAUCCCAAAAGGUAUGAGCGGCACUACUCAAGCUGGACCUAGUAACUCCCAAAAAGGGAAAGCUAAGAUGUCAGCUAGCAGCCCAAAACCCACCCCUACUAACAAUCGCCGAAACGGCGACUCACAAACUCCGCUUCCUAAUGUCGACGAGCGCUUUGAACGCGUUACGUAUCUUUCAAAUGGUCGUAUAGACACCUACCAAAUUAAAUCUAAAUUAACUGAAUACUUGGGGCAUAAUUCUUCCACUUAUUGGGAUGCUUUGAAACGAUUAAUCUAUUGUAAGAUUCGCCGUGUUGACUUUGAUGAAAUUGUGAGACCUUUAUUCGAUAGAGAGCAUCUGGAUCUCCAUAAUAUGCUAUUAUUCGGAAUAUUGAGAAAUUGUCUUUACAAGGAGGGUCCCCCGCCGCAACCCGAAACGCAGUCGAAGAAGCGUGGGCGAGAUGGCGAUGAAGAAUCUUCAGGUAUCUCGGCACCCGAUGCCAAAAGAAAAAGAUUAAAGGAAAUUAUUAUGGGACUUCCUAGAGAUGAAAGAGAACGAAUAAAAGAUAUCGCAAAGAAUCGGCAGCAAGAAUCUUAUACUUCGACGCCCUUACCAUCACCGAGACAAGAACGACUCCCCCGGUAUGAGGCCGAAGACGGAGUUUUCCGGCCUCAAGCCGACGACACGCAUGUAUUGACAUGCGUUGAACAAAAAGCAUUGCCGGAUCACCGUGCGCUCUUCGGGAGAUUAACUGAAAUUGCCCAUGCAAAUGAACUUCAAAGUGUCUCCGAAGAUUGUGUCCAGUUGAUGAAUUAUGCACUGGAGUCACAUUUAAAGAAUAUACUGGGCAAUUGUAUACAAAAGACGAGGUCCGGUGGUUCAGCCUUGGGAGCUCGCGGUGGCUUAGCAAAAAUUGGUCGGGCGUAUCAAGAUAGGGCUACAAUCACUGGACAAGAUCUGGCCUUUUCUCUGGAUAUGUCUCCCCAUAUCCUUGUCGAGCCUUCGUUGGCUCGUGAGCGGUUGACUUCUGUUGUAUUAAAUGACAGUGAAGUGUGUGUUGAAGAAGAAGAAUGUGUCGAGGAGACUGCUGCAACGGGGAACAAUGUGUUCUCCGCUUAGAUUAUCACAAAAGAGCAGAAGUCGGAGGGCG